AUGGAGACCAGAGCCCUAUGGCUGCUGCUGCUGGUCCUGGCUGCUGGGACCUCUUGUGUGGCCUCGGAUUACAUAGGCCUUUCUCCAAGCCAGUGUGUGGUCCCCGCCAAGGACAGGGUGGACUGUGGCUACCCCAGGGUCACCAAGGAGGAGUGUAACAACCGAGGCUGCUGCUUUGACUCCAGCAUCCCACAAGUACCCUGGUGCUUCAAGCCUCUUCAGGAGACGGAAUGCACGUUUUGA